AUGGCGAACACGUCUUCUAGUUCUUACUGCAGAGCCACAAGAGGUAUGCCUUUUCUUCACUUCACUCCUCUUGUUGCUUUGUUUCAUUCUCUUCCCACUAAGCCAAACAAGUCUAGAGAGAACCAUCUAGGGAAUCGACCCUCAAAGCACAGAGUGGUGAGUAAUGUGCAGGAUGCCUUGAAGGUGUUCGAUGAAAUGAUUCAGUCGCGUCCUCUGCCUCCUGUUAUCCCUUUCAAUAAAAUUUUGACCCAACUUGUCAAACUCAAACAAUUUCCAGCAGUCCUCUCUUUGAAGAGACAAAUGGGUCUCGUGGGAAUCGCUUCUGAUGCUUGUACUCUCAACAUUACCAUCAAUUGCUACUGUCAUUUGAACCAGAUGGAGUAUGCCUUGUCUGUCUUGGCCCACUUCUUCAAAUUGGGUCUUCAACCAAAUGUUGCAACCUUCGCCACUCUAAUUCACGGCUUUGUUCUCCGAAAUCGAGUGGCUGAUGCAGCGCGACUUUUCAGCAAAAUGGUGGUGGGAGGUCAUUGCCAGCCGGAUGUAGUUACUUUCAACACACUAAUCAAGGGCUUUUGCGCGAUGGAAAACAACACUGCAGCUAUUCAAUUACUUGGCAAAAUGGAAGAAUAUGGAUGCAAGCCUGACACAGUGUCCUAUAACACUAUCAUCGACAGCCUGGGUAAACAUACACUGGUUGACGAAGCAUUGAACCUCUUCUCGGAAAUGGUUGGUAGAGGUAUUGUUCCGGACGUUAUUACUUACAACUCAUUGAUUCAAGGAGUCUGCAAUAUUGGGAGGUGGAAAGAAGCUUGGAGAUUGUUGAAUGAAAUGGCGAGUCAAGGUAUGCAUCCAGGUCGGCCAGGCAAACAGGGUUCAUGA